CUUUAAGUUGGAUACAAUAGAGACAUGAGAAAUUUCAUGAAAUCUAUUUGAGAGUGAAAUGGAUUUUGGUCCCUCACAUACAUGCUAUCUCCACUUUUUUUUUUUGAUAACCGUGCUGUCCGGGCCAGUUUUUGCGCACAUCGACUAAACUCACGGGAUACGUGCCACCUGCCACCAACAACAGAUAUUAGGUAACUCUGUCCACCAAGACUAGGACAAAUUGAGGAAUCCCCUAGUAUUUUUUUGUCUCUGAUGGGAUGCUAUCUCAAAUAUUGAGGGACGUGAAGUGGGGAUAGCAUGUAAAAUGCAUUAUACUCUUAGAUAUAGUUAUACACUUCUGUAGGUCAUGUAAUUUCUAAGGCUUAGAAGAUAUGGCCUGUGGAUUUACGUAUGUCUGCUUGAUUACAGGGCCGGGUUAGCUUAAAAAAUCCCCAUCACACGUUCUGGCUCAUAGAAACAGGUGAUUAUGAUUCUAAUAAUGGACUGCCACCCAUUGCAGGACGGAGAAUCUUUUUUGGUCGAGAGAUUGGUGCUGCUGAUAGGAAGCUUAUGCCAACUUAUCAGUUAAAAAGUCGUAAUUUUCUCGGGCCAACAGCCAUGGAUGCUGAAAUGGCGUUCCUGAUGGCUAAUCAAGCACAGGCCAAAGCUGGAAGGCUUGUCUAUGACCCUUUUGUGGGCACAGGAAGCAUUCUAGUCGCAGCAACUCAUUAUGGAGCAAUAACAAUGGGCGCAGAUAUUGAUAUUCGAGUAGUACGUGAUGGCCGUGGUCCAGAUCGUAAUGUCUGGAGCAACUUCAAGCAGUAUGGAUUGCCAAUGCCUAUUGCUUUAUUAAGGGCAGACAACAACCUUCCUCUUUGCCGUUUGGGGUUGAAAGAGGUUUUUGAUGCCAUUGUAUGUGACCCUCCGUAUGGAGUCCGUGCUGGAGGACGUAAUUCUGGUGGCAGGAAGCUUUUGAAAGGAGUGAUUGGUCCAUAUACAGUUCCUGAUGACAAACGGACAGGCCACAUACCAUCAACUGCUCCUUACAGCUUAGUGGAAUGCGUACAUGAUUUGCUUGACCUUGCUGCUAAGAUGCUUGUGUUGGGUGGCCGUCUUGUGUACUUCUAUCCUGUAGUACGAGAGGAUGAGUCAAUUGACACUACCUUUCCAGAGCACCCCUUUUUCAAGUUGGUUGCUACCUCAGAGCAGGUGCUGAGCUAUAGGUAUAGUCGGGUGCUAUUAACCAUGGUCAAAAUUGGACCAUAUAAUGAAGAAAUUGCAUUAGCAGCAAGGAUCAAACAUUUGGAGUUCAAAGAAAACCAUCUGAAGUGGUUAGAAGAAGGUACUCUUCAUUCAGCUGUUUUUAGUCCUGCCGACAAUCAUCUUAAUGAGGCAAGUGAUACAAAGAUUAGUAAAGAAUCAAAGGCAAGGUAUAGAGGUAAAUAUGGUCUAAACCAAAACUGACAGCCAAAUUAAAUGGGGCAAUAUGAUAAGCUCUGAUGUGGUGAGGCUAUAUGCAUCAUGCAUCUAAGCAAUUCUGAUGAGAAUUCUACCAAAACCUACAUUGUAGGAAAGUUUUUUAGUGCUUUAUGUUACAAAUGCUUACAAAUACUCGUGCCACUAUUUAUUAUUCUUGCUAGGAGAUUGUAUUCCAAUUGGGAUUGAUUUAUCAGUUGUCCAUACAGAUUACAUGUAUUUGACUGUUUCCUUGGUGCAUCAACUUUAUUAAGCUUA